UCCGCUCUUGACCGUGCGCAUGCGCGGUGCGGUGGCCAGCCUCUGAAAGGGUGUUCAACAUGGCGUCGGAGCGCAAGACUAAGUUAUCCAAGAACCUGCUGCGCAUGAAGUUCAUGCAAAGGGGCCUGGACUCGGAAACUAAGAAACAGCUAGAAGAGGAGGAGCGGAAGAUGAUCAGCGAUGAGCACUGGUACCUGGAUUUGCCGGAGUUGAAGGAGAAAGAGAGCUUCAUCAUAGAAGAGCAGAGCUUCUCCCUGUGCGAAGAGCUUCUCUACGGAAGAAUGUCCUUCAGAGGCUUUAAUCCUGAAGUCGAGAAGUUAAUGCUUCAGAUGAAUUCUAAGAACAGAGCAGCAGCAGCAGAAGAGGAGGAGACGGUAGAGGUCGACGUGUCAGAUGAAGAAAUGGCAAAAAGAUAUGAGACUUUGGUGGGAACAAUUGGAAAAAAGUUUGCCAAGAAAAGGGACCGAGCCAAUUACGAAGAAGAUGAAAAUGGAAAUAUAAAAGCCGUUAAAACUAAGAAGAUGUUCUUAAAGCCCCAAGACUAAAGUGGAUGCCCGUGAGCACAGCAUGGUCCGAACUCAUUCCCCCAUCGUCUGUACUGGUUAACGCACUGUUUCCUCCUAAAGAAAUGCAUAAUUUUGGAGAUGUGCUGUUCUUGCGACAGAUGUGUAAUGGAUGUUAUACAUCCUUUUUACGGCGUGCUUGCGGGGCUUCAGAUACGCAGGCACAGGCCACUCCCUAGAUCUUUGACCUGAUUCUGUGUGUGUGUGUGUACACACAGACGGUGCAUACGCACCACUCUCUGUCACUGUCCAGGAAUGACUAUUGUAAACUAAUUAUUGCCUUUGCUUAACUGCCCUUAUAUUUAUAUUUUACUUUUUGAAUCAUGUCAAGCCAGUUCAUACGUUCACUUUGGAUUCAGAUAUUUGAGAACUUUUUAGAAGUGAUUUGUCAGGAACAGACAUGGCUCCCGGCCUAGAGUAUUCGCAUGCUCUGGGGCCUUUGUCAUGUGUAGUGGUGUGGGGGUUGUGUAUUUUAAACAGUCAUCUGGGUCAUUUUUCUAAUGUUCUAUAAUAAACAUGUUUUCAUAUGCUUUUCUGUUUUCUUACACUUUGAAGUAAUUUUAGUCUUCCUCAGCAAUACAACCUUAUGCAAAUAAUUACCUAUAAAGAUUAGCCAUUAAUUGAGAAUAUACUAAUAUCUAAGGCUGAACCAUAAAAGGUAUCCUUUUGUCAGUCAAAUAGUUACCAGUUUCGUAGGGUACAGCCCAAUAGAAUUUGGCACUGGCUGGACCCUAGCAGAUGGAAUCACCUGUCUGUCGAGAGAUUCUGACAGUUACUGAUUUCAUUUAGUUUUGUUAUCAGUGGUAGGUGAAGGACAUGCCAUUCUGUGGGUCUCCGUAGACGACAGUCAUGUGGCCUCAGCUCUGUGGGUUGUAUGUUAACCUUGCUGUCCAGUUAAUAAUACUCAGGUAGGCCUGUGUCAUGGUUUGACUAUGCUUGGUCCAGGGAAAGGCAAUAUUUGGAGGUGUGACCUUAUUGGAGUAGGUGUGUCACUGUGCGCGUGGGCUUUAAGACCCUCACCCUAGCUGCCUGGAAGUGAGUCUUUCACUAGCAGCCUUCAGAUGAAGAUGUCGAACUCUCAGCUCCUCCUGCACCAUGCCUGCCUGGACACUGCCAUGCUCCCACCUUGAUGACAAUGGACUGAAGCUCUGAGCCUGUAAGCCAGCCCCAAUUAAAUGUUGUUCUUAUAAGA